GAAAAAUAGUAAUCGCAAUCCGAAAUUACUUUUUUUCUAGCCUUCUAGGAACUCGAAAAGAAAGCAAAUUUCUUGCAAUUGAAGGUACCUGCUUCUCUUUUUCUGGUUUGUCUGGUUUCAUAUUAAAAAAAACAUUUUGACAACUAUAUUUCUGGUUUGUCUGAAAAAAUUGAGAAGAAAACCUAGAAACAAAUACGGUCUUUUUUUUUUCUUUUUAUGGGUCGCGAAUCUCUGGCUGUUGUGUCCUCGCCGCCAUCGGCGACUGCGCCCAGUACUGCUGUGUCGGCUACCUCGCUUGCUCCUGGCUUUCGAUUUCAUCCGACUGAUGAGGAACUCGUGAGCUAUUACUUGAAGAGGAAGGUUCUGGGUAAACCUGUACGCUUCGAUGCGAUUGGAGAGGUAGAUAUCUACAAGCAUGAGCCCUGGGAUUUAGCAGUGUUUUCGAAGUUGAAAACUCGGGACCAAGAAUGGUACUUCUUCAGUGCGUUAGAUAAGAAGUACGGUAAUGGUGCUAGGAUGAAUCGAGCAACUAACAAAGGGUACUGGAAAGCAACUGGAAAAGACAGAGAAAUCCGCCGGGAUAUUCAGUUGCUCGGUAUGAAAAAGACGCUUGUUUUCCACAGCGGGCGUGCUCCAGACGGCCUUCGGACUAAUUGGGUCAUGCACGAGUAUCGCCUUGUGGAAUAUGAAACUGAAACUAACGGAAGCCUGCUGCAGGAUGCAUAUGUGUUGUGCAGAGUGUUUCACAAGAAUAACAUUGGGCCACCAAGUGGGAACAGAUAUGCGCCAUUCAUGGAAGAAGAAUGGGCUGAUGGUGGAGGAGCUCUGAUUCCAGGAAUAGACGUUAGGGUCAGGGUAGAGGCUCUACCACAAGCCAAUGGAAACAACCAGAUGGACCAGGAAAUGCAUUCAGCAAGCAAGGAUCUCAUUAACAUCAACGAGCUACCGAGAGAUGCUACUCCAAUGGACAUCGAACCUAACCAACAGAAUCAUCAUGAGAGUGCCUUCAAGCCACAGGAGAGUAACAACCAUAGUGGUUAUGAAGAAGAUGAGGACACACUCAAACGCGAGCACGCAGAAGAAGAUGAGCGUCCUCCUUCUCUAUGCAUUCUCAACAAAGAAGCUCCACUACCUCUCCUGCAAUACAAACGUAGACGCCAAAACGAGUCCAACAACAACUCAAGCAGGAACACACAGGACCAUUGUUCGUCCACAAUAACAACCGUCGACAAUACAACCACCUUAAUCUCAUCAUCUGCUGCUGCUGCUACCAACACUGCCAUCUCUGCAUUGCUUGAGUUCUCACUUAUGGGUAUCUCCGACAAGAAAGAAAACCAGCAGAAAGAGGAAACUUCUCCUCCUAGUCCAAUUGCAUCUCCUGAAGAGAAGGUUAAUGAUCUCCAGAAGGAGGUUCACCAGAUGUCUGUUGAAAGAGAAACUUUCAAGCUUGAGAUGAUGAGUGCAGAGGCUAUGAUCAGCAUUCUCCAGUCAAGAAUCGAUGCGCUGCGUCAGGAGAACGAGGAACUUAAGAAGAAGAACGCCAGUGGACAAGCUAGUUAAACCACCGCAACAUCUCUCCAGGUGUCUUCUUCUUCUUCUUCUUCUUCUUUGCCUCUUAGCUGUAAUCUUCUUAAUAGUAUGAGCUAUGGAUGUAGCUUCUUCAGACGGAUCAGAAACCUUAUGAAUCUCUGUUGUAAAAUUAGGAUAAAACGGAACGGAGCCAACCAACUAGGUCUUUUUAUUUUAUCCUUUUUUACUUUGGAUGUUUCUGCAUCUUUUGGGAACAUUUUCAGGCUGAUCCAUUGUCGUAUAUUAUCAUCUAUCUAUCUAGUCUUUUCAGACAAGAACUCGCUUUUGUUUGGUUUCCUCUCAAGAAAUGUUCAGUCUCCAUAAAGAAAGCUUUUUCCUUGGGGUAAUCAUUAGUGGUCAGAUAUGAGGGCAUAAUCGUCAUUGUCAUUUGAAAUGACCUUCUGGUCUUCCGGACAAGAACCACUCUGUUGCUUGAUGUUUCUGUGUGACUGUCUCCACAGUCCACAGGGAAGAGAGCUUCUUAGGUAAAGUCGUGAUUAGUGGAAAUGAUUGAGGGUAUAAUCGUCAUUGACUAAUUCAGCGUUACGAUUUAGGAAUGUGGUUCCGUCAACGACGUUAGAAGACUUUUGUUACACGUAAUUUGCAAUUAUUUGUUUUUUCUCUAAAAGCGAAAAGCGCUUGGUACGAUUCAAGCCUGGAUUCCAUCUCUCUCCCAUUAAGUUUUCAAGAAGAAGUUUUGAUCACAGACGUAUUUUCGAAAUGGUUUCAUAUCUUACUAGGCAAUGGAAUUUCGUAGGUGUUAUAGAGUUUGGUGUUUAUAUUUUACUUUUAACUACAUCGUCCUAUUAUACGGAACCUGUCUUUUUUUUUUCCACACGGAACCCUGAAUGAUUGUACUUUUUGGUAGGUUUGUUCUUUAUUCGAGAGUUGUAAAAAAACAUUAU